AUUACAAUACAUGCCAGCAAUAAUAAUUGAUAAUAUUUUUUUAACAAUAUGAAAUUUAUUACUGUGCUUGGUUAGACUGCUUUUGGGUGUAAUAAAGACUGUUUUGUUGACUGAAUUAGCAAUCACACAAUUUAUCUGGAUCAGAAAUCAUUAUCACGACUAAACUAUUGUGAAAUUGAAAAUUUUGUUUCGAAAAGUGUUGCAAAUGCAAUCAUGAGUUUUCAUAAAUCUAACGUUCCAGCCUUGGGAUACGACCGGCACUCGCGUUCAACUGCAAAUCCGGAUGUCUAUAACAUUAAGCAUUCCUUAACGCCAGAUCCUCCGCCACCGGGAACAAUCCCAACUCCAAUAACAUUUCCAGUGCAACCCAAUUUCAGUGUUCCACCUCCUGCUUUACCACCCGGAAGGUUGACUGGUUUUGACCGACACCAAACGGCACCUCCAGAAGAAAACAAGUAUGAUCGGUACUCAUCGAAGACCUCGUCUAGUCAUCGGUACAAAUCCCACUACUCGUCAUCUUCAUCUACGCGUAGUUAUGGAUCAUCUAGCCGAAGUGAAAAAGGAUCUUCCAGUAAAUACUCGGAUUACAGUGGGAGAAACAGUUACAGAAGUCGUUCAUCGCCUCCUCCUUCCAAUCAAUCGGCGCAUAGCAGUCGUAGUUACUCAGUACCAAGUCGAGAUCACGAACGUCGUCGUCCUCGAAGCCGUGAACGAGAUCGUGUUUCGCGAUCUUCUUCGGUGCGAACGGAAUCGCGAAGAUCAGAUCAGUCUCCUACGACAAGUGAAGCGAAAGAGCGGCCUCCUCGAGUUUCUCGAUUUAAAUUGGAUUCUGAACGCGAAGCAAUUUUGUCGAAGUGGAGAAAGAAUUUUUGCGAGACACCUGAGGAUAUUCGGCGAAAGUUAGCAGAAUUAACUAAUAAUGACGAAAAGAGCAGUUGGGUUAGAUCUUCGCCAGCAGAUCUCCACUAUCGACGGGUGUCGGAUAAAAUUGUGGAAGGAACACCGCGACUGGACGCGCUCUGUGUGUUAUUUGAAAGAGAGUUGAUGCUUCGAGCGGACCGUGCUCGAUCCGAGCAAACUCCCUAUCAACCUCCACCGAGAAAGCACAAAGCUCGAGUAUGUCACCAUAAGAAUGAUAAAUGUUCUUCCUCAGAUUCAUCGGAUGAUGAACUGAAUUUUGAAGAGGAAUGUAGUAUGGAAGAAUUGACGGUGAAAAUCAAACAUCCGUAUAGAUUACACGUGGAUUUGUGGUUCAACGAUCCUGGUGAGAUGAAUGACGGGCCACUUUGUCGCUGCUCGGCAAGAUCCAGACGAUCCGGUAUCCGUCACGGAAAGUAUCCUGGCGAAAUGGGUUUCCCCAAAUGUUUGUCACACACCAAUAAUGCGGAUAAGCUGUACCACUACAGGAUAACUAUUUCACCACCAACAAAUUUUCUGACAAAAACUCCAACAAUUAUUAAACACGAUCAGCAUGAGUUCUUGUUCGAAGGAUUCUCACUUCUAUCACAUCAGCCGAUAGGGGAAUUGCCAACUUGCAAAGUCAUUCGGUUUAACAUAGAGUACACUAUCCUUUAUUUGGAAGAACAGAUGCCGGAAAAUUUCACAAUUCGUGAGCUGGAUUUGUUUGAGCGUUUUCUUUUCAAAGAGUUACUCGAAUUGGUGGACUUCACUGUCUUUCCAUCCGGAGCUAAAUCUGAGGAAUCGUGCCCAUGCUAUCAUUUUUUGCCAAGAUUCGUUCGUGAUUUACCAGACAACGGAAAGGAGGUACUGGCAAUGUGUGAGGUUCUUCGUUACUUGUUGGAUAGUUCGGGUCCUCUUGUUUCUCCUGAAAUACUGAAGGAGAUGAACGACAUGAGUCAGAUUGAAUGGCAGGACUACGUGGAUUACGUAAAAGGGAUGGUAGUUACCAAUCCAGGCAUGAAGCCCUGUUCGGUGCGAGUCGAUCAACUGGACCGGAAUGUCACCGAUGUCCCAAAGGCAAGCUUGACGGACGAUCAAGGACUGGUGCAUCCGGUUAUUGUGCACUUCGGUAUUCGUCCACCGCAGCUUAGCUACGCAGGAAAUCCAGAGUAUCAAAAGGCGUGGAGAGAGUACGUGAAGUUUCGACAUCUGAUUGCCAAUAUGUCCAAACCAUCGUUUGAUGACAAACGCAAGCUGGAAGCGAAAGAGAAUCGUUUGUUGGAAAUGCGAACCCAAGGACGGAUGAAGCGGAAUAUCACGGUAGCUGUGAGCGCUAAAGGUUUCCAUCGAACCGGUAUCAUGUGUGACAUGGUUCAGCACGCUAUGGUGAUUCCUGUGCUAACUGGACAUCUACGAUUCCAUCGUGCGCUAGAUGUGCUGGAAAAGUACAUUGAUUAUACCUUCAUCAAUCGAUACACUCUGCAGUUGGCUUUGACACAUCCGUCGUACAAGGAAAACUUCGGUACCAAUCCGGAUCACGCACGAAACAGCUUAACAAAUUGUGGCAUACGACAACCAGAGUACGGCGACAGAAAGAUACAUUUUAUGAACACCCGCAAGCGCGGUAUAAACACUUUGAUAAGCAUUAUGUCUCGCUUCGGCAAAGAAUUUGAAACUGAUAGUAAUAUAACGCACAAUGAACGGCUGGAGUUCCUCGGGGAUGCCGUGGUGGAGUUCAUCACGUCGAUUCAUCUGUUCCAUAUGUUUCCGGAUCUGGAGGAAGGUGGAUUAGCCACGUACCGUGCCGCUAUUGUUCAAAAUCAGCACUUGGCCGUGCUUGCGAAGAAACUGCACCUGGAAGAAUUCAUGCUGUACGCACAUGGUUCAGACCUUUGCCACGAGCUGGAGCUAAGACAUGCUUUGGCCAACUGUUUCGAAGCGCUGAUGGGUGCUCUACUUCUUGAUGGCGGCAUUGAGACGGCUGACCGUGUUUUUGCCUACGCACUGUUUCAGGAGGAUAGUAAUUUACGGAAUAUUUGGGUUAACUAUCCGCCUCAUCCGUUGCAGGAGCAGGAGCCUCUGGGAGAUCGGCAUCACAUCGAGUCCUUUGAAAUGCUGAAGACUCUAACCAAGUUCGAGGAUUCUGUCGGAGUUCGGUUCAACCAUAUUCGAUUGCUUGCGAGGGCUUUUACUGAUAGAUCUAUUGGAUUUACCAAUUUAACAUUGGGAUCUAAUCAACGUCUAGAAUUUCUAGGUGAUACAGUAUUGCAGCUGAUCUGUUCAGAAUAUCUUUACAGGCAUUUUCCGGAGCAUCACGAGGGCCAUCUAUCGUUACUGCGAAGCUCUUUAGUAAACAAUCGAACUCAAGCCGUGGUUUGCGACGAUUUGGGCAUGACAACUUAUGCGGUUUAUUCUAAUCCGAAGGCUGAUCUGAAAACCAAAGAUCGAGCAGAUUUACUAGAAGCAUUUCUAGGGGCUCUUUACGUCGAUAAAGGAUUAGAGCACUGCGAACUAUUUUGUCACGUAUGUUUGUUCCCAAGGCUUCAGGAUUUCAUCAUGAAUCAAGAUUGGAACGAUCCAAAAUCGAAACUGCAACAGUGUUGUUUAACUCUUCGAACGAUGGACGGCGGAGAACCGGACAUACCGAUUUACAAGGUUAUCGAGUGUAAUGGUCCAACAAACACCCGUGUCUACACGGUGGCGGUCUAUUUCCGUGGUAAACGGCUCGCAUGUUCGAACGGUCAUAGCAUUCAGCAGGCUGAAAUGAAUGCUGCUAAACAAGCACUGGAGAAUUCAAAGAACUUGUUUCCCCAGCUGGAUCAUCAGAAACGAGUUAUCGCGCAGAGUUUGAAGCGACAAAAAGUCCGUCGUUCGUCGCAUGAUGAUCGAUCAGAAGACCAGGAGCGAAGGGAUGAUGCUUCCUCGGAUUCUUCACAUAACGAUGAUUAUCAGAGAAACAAACGAAGGCGGUUAUCGGAGUCGCCAAGGCUUCCUAAGCAGUAUCAGAUGCAGGACAGCGACUGUGAUACAAUUAAUGGUGAUGAAAGAAACAAGAAAAAGAGGCGAUCAAAGAAAAUGAAGAAAGGCACUUCUGCCUCCGAAAAAGCAUCUGAUUCUCGAAAAAUUGAGCAAAAAUUGAUUAGUCUAGUAGAUCAGUACGAUUCUCUAUCAGAUGAGGUCGAUCUGCAGCUCGAAGCAAUUUCCGAAUCGGAAGAAGAGUUUGAAGGUCAAACUGUCCAAGCAGAACUUAACACUAGUAUGGUAUCCGAUGUGAGUAAAGAUGAUGACGAACAGUUAGAAGACAGCGACGUGGUAUCAAAGAUAACUGAAAGUACUUUUGCGAAUUCUGUGCAGAUAUUUAAAGUAGAUGGAACAGAUGACGUUUCAUCGGAUCUGGAAUCCGGCGAAAUUGAAUAAAUAUGGAUGCAUGUAGUAAUACUUAUUAACAAAAAAAAACAUUUUAUCAACUAAUAAAAAUUUACGUACUUUCACAAAUUGUCCUAAUAAAAACGUAUUCAAAAUUUAUUAAAC